CUCGCGAUGCCCGAGACCUGCAAUAGUCACCGCCUUCCCCUGAGCGGCUGAGAUGCAGCUCCACGCCCGUCUGCGUCCCCCCACCGCAAGAGCCACGUUGUGCCUGCCGCCAGCCCCGACACCUCCAGAUGUUGCCUCUAUCCAUCAUCCGAGCUUGCCGCCCCCGCCCCCAAACCCAGACCCCCUGCAAUCGCGAGGAAGGGGAGGACGCUGUUGCGCGUCGCUAAGCAUCUUCGCGCCCCUCAGUGCUGCUAAGGAGCCCUAUCUAUCCCUGAUGGCGCCCCAACCCUUUGUAAUAUCUCCACCUCGGCCAUGGGCAUUGCAACCCUCGAUUCAAUCUCUCCUCUUCGAUCUCAGUAUUUAAGAAUUUGAAUGAGAUUUAGGAGCAAUUGAAGCCAUUGGACAUUGGUUGCACAACUUGAUAAAGUGAAUAAUCUGCUUGCGUCUGAGUUUGGGAGUCUAUAAACAUGGGGAAGAGCAAAUAUUGGUGCCUUUGUAAUUGGUGACCCUGCUACAACUAUUUUUUUCUAUGAAUUCACAAGGGCAAUAUGGUACACCAAUGCCAUACAUUGGACAGACAACAAUAAGACUUCCAUAUACCUUCUUGGUUGUAUAUCUUACAUAUUUAUCCCAAAAUGAACUUUUAAAUCAUAUUAAUCCAUUAUCUGCACAUAAGUUCUCUUCACUUCCCUACUACCCAUCAAAAAAAGAAAAACGCCUUGAAUUGAAUUAGAAGUUUUCACAUUUGUACCUUUUGAUAAAUGAUAUUAUGGUAUCUCCAUAAAAAAGUUCUCACUAAUGCAUUUAUUUGUUUAACAUGGAGUCACCACAAAUGUGCUUAUCUUGUUGCACUUUACAUUAUAGGCAUACCUUUCCUUGUACAGUGAGAUAUCUAUUUCAUUUUUCAGGUUGAAGUUGAUCUUUUGAAUUAUGGUGUGAUAGAAGGUGAUGAAUCAUGUAAACAUUUUUCUGAACUAAAAGUCUUACCUCCAUGGAUGAUCAAAGAUGGCACGAAUCUUAAAAAGGAACAAAGAGGAGAGAAAAUUGAGUCACAAAAACUUGAAAAAUAUGAAGCCAGAGAUGACAAGAAACAUGACUCGAAAUAUGAUCAAAGUGUAUAGGAAGAAUACAUAAAUGCAUAUUAUGAGGCUUUGAGGAAAAAAUUGGAAGAGGAAGAAGCAAAAAAGCAGAAUGUAGCAUGAAGGCAAGAUUUUUGUCCCUGAUGCUCAAAGGGAACGCCAAGUUGGUAAGAAAUACAAGCACGAUGAUGAUGGUGAAGGCAUUGAAUAGGAAGAGCAUCAACCUACAGUUGUAGCAUUUAACUCAAAAGUUUCCCUUGAAAUUCAAGUUGAUUUUGAGAAGUAUGAAGGGAUGAUUGAGUUCAUGGAGAAGGUGGUAAUACAAUUGAUUCUAUGGAGCUCACUGGAGGAGCACUACCUUUUGUUAGUUGCCUGCAAGAAUGUCUUUGGAAUCCGAUCUGCUUCAUGGUGCAUCUUAUCCUCGAUUGAGUACAUGGAAGAAGGUUGUGUCAACAUGGAUUGUGUCACUCUCAUCGAGGACUACCAUAACAAGAUUGAAUUUGAACUCAAUAAGAUCUAUGAUGGAAUCCUCAAGCUCUUUGCUUCCCACCUUCCCCCCUCACUAACAGUUCCAAAGUCCAAGGUCUUCUACCUCAAGAUGAAGGGUGAUUACUACAGUUCAAUUCAUGUGUAUCAGGUACCUUGCGGAGUUUGAAACUUGAUAUAGGAGAAAAGAUGCAGCCAAGAAUACCAUGGUGGCACACAAAAUUGCUCGGUUAAUUUGCUUAUCCUUAAAUUCACGGUUCUCGUAUUAAAUUUGCUGGCUAGGACAUUAACCUUUUUAUAUGUACAAUCGAUCAUUUAAUUGAUGUGUUUCU